UGGACUACGGCGGCCACCGUAGCGGUGAAGUUAAAAAAAGGAAAAAAAACACAAGCCUGUGCAGUGGCUGGGAGUGUCACUUUUUCAGACUUAAUAUUAAAAGAAAAACGCCACAAACUCCAACGGUAAAUACGCAGAUUCACAAUGAAGCUUAAAGAAAUCCUGAGGACAGCCAAUCAAGCAUGGAGUUCUUCAUUACAACAUCCAGUAUAUUUGGCAACAGGUACUUCAGCACAGCAGCUAGAUGCCUCUUUCAGCACAACUUCAGCCCUGGAGAUUUUUGAGUUGGAUUUUUCAGACCCAUCACUUGACAUGAAGCCCAGAGGAUCCCUUUCCAUUACAAAUAGGUUUCACAGUCUGAUCUGGGUUAAUUAUGACAUGGACAAAGCUGAAGCUCCUGGAUUGCUUAUAGGUGGAGGAGAUAAUGGUGUAGUCACUGUGUACAACCCCUCAAAAAUUUUGGCAACAGAAAAGGACACCAUUGUAGGGCAAUGCGAAAAACACAAAGGACCUGUAAGGGCUCUUGACUUUAAUCCCUUUCAGAAUAACCUUUUGGCUUCUGGAGCAAAUGAUUCUGAGAUCUACAUUUGGGAUUUAAACAAUUUCUGCAACCCAAUGACACCUGGAGCAAAAUCACAGCCUUAUGAAGAUGUCAGUGUUGUUGCCUGGAACAGGCAGGUGCAGCACAUCUUGGCAUCAGCCCAUCCUAGUGGUAAGGCUGUUGUUUGGGACCUCAGAAAAAAUGAACCAAUAAUUAAAAUCAGUGACCACAGCAACAAAAUGCAUUGUUCAGGAAUGUUAUGGCACCCUGAAGUUGCAACACAAUUGGUCUUAGCAUCUGAAGAUGAUCGGUUGCCAGUUAUUCAGAUAUGGGAUCUGAGAUUUGCCACUUCACCUCUCAAAGUGUUGGAAAACCACACUAGGGGAAUCCUUUCUAUUUCUUGGAGCAAUGCUGAUCCAGAAUUACUCCUAAGCAGUGCAAAAGACAACAGAAUAUUAUGUUGGAAUCCAAACACAGGAGAGGUUAUUUAUGAGCUUCCAACAAGUAGCCAGUGGUGUUUUGAUGUCCAGUGGUGUCCUAGGAAUCCUGCCAUUCUUUCUGCUGCUUCAUUUGAUGGUCGGAUCAGCAUUUAUUCUGUAAUGGGUGGCUGUCUUAUGGCCCAAGAACAAAGCAGUUCAGAUAAGAUUUCUUCAUCUUUUAGUACAACAGAUCACCUUGGAACUGGCCUCUCUCUGCCACCAUUACAGAUUCCACAGAAGGUGACACAUUCAACAGUUAUCCCACCAUUGAAGAAACCUCCAAAAUGGAUUAGAAGGCCAGUUGGAGCUGUUUUUGCUUUUGGUGGGAAGCUGAUAACCUUUGAAAAUCCUAAAGUUUUACAGCACCAGCAGGCCCAGACUUCUGUUCCACAUCAUGUGUGCAUUAGCCAGAUCACAACAGAAACUGAGUUUCUUCAACAAGCCAGUGACUUGCAAACUGCACUUCGUACUGGCAGCUUCUCAAGUUUUUGCCAAGGCAAGAUUCAUAGUGCAACAACCGAUUCCGAACAAAGCGUUUGGAGUUUCCUAAAGGUCAAUUUUGAAGAUAAUCCUAGAACUAAAUUCUUGAAGCUUUUAGGCUACAGCAGAGAAGAACUUGAUAAAAAGAUUUCAAUGUGUUUAGGAAAAUCUUUGCAUCUAACUAGUCAUGGAAUUGAUGCGAAUGACUUGGCUGAAAAGAUCCAGGUUUUAUCUGCCCAGCAAUUAGAUGAAUCAAGUUCAACAGGAGAUACCCUGUCUUCCCCUGCAUCAUCAUCACCUUCAGAUUUUUAUGGAAGUUUUCCCAAUGAUAAGACAAAGUUUCAAAUUCCCAUUACUUCAGAUACAGAUGGGUUAAUCAGCCAAGCCCUUUUGAUUGGUAACUUUGAAGGAGCAGUGGAGCUCUGCUUGAAUGAUGGCAGAUAUGCAGAUGCAAUCAUCUUGGCAAUAAGUGGAGGGGAAGAACUGCUGAGGAAGACACAAAAGAGAUACUUAGCCAAGCAGAAGAACAGCAUUUCAAUGCUCAUGUCUACUGUAGUUAAUCAGAACUGGACAGACAUAGUACAGUUAUGUGACUUACAGAACUGGAAAGAAGCUUUGGCUGCAUUGCUAACCUAUGCUCGUCCAGAUGAAUUCUCGAAACUGUGUGAUACCUUGGGAUCUCGCUUGGAAUUUGAGGGAGAAAAUUCAAUGUGCCUUGAGGCAUGUUUGUGCUAUAUCUGCUCUGGAAAUGUUGAGAAACUAGUUGAAUGCUGGGUUCAGAAACAAGAAUGUUUGUCACCACUUGCUUUAGAGGGUGUGGUAGAGAUGAUGACAAUUUUGCGCAAGUCUAUAGAAAAGCUUCAAGGUAGUGAUGUACCAUUUCAAGGUCCAGUUCUUGCAGAGAAAUUGACUCAGUAUGCUCAUCUUCUAGCAGCUCAGGGUAAUCUUGCAGCAGCCUUGACCUUCCUGCCUACAGACUCAAGUUUAAUCUCAAUAAUGCAGUUGAGGGACAGGCUUUUUUAUGCUCAGGGAGAGGCAGUUGCAGGACAGCAGCCACCUCCUUUCCCUUAUAACCGAAUCAAUGUUACUGCAGUUAAACAGCCUGUAGAUUCCACACAGAAUACAAAUCCAAAGACCAAUAUGCCGGUGUCAUUUCAGCCAACACCGAUUUCUUUGGUGCCUGCGACCAGCCAGCCUUCACACCCUAAAGGUUUUAGUCAACAGUCAGUACAAUCCCCUGUGGUACAGACUUUUCCACCAGUUGGAAUACCUGCUGCUUCCCAGAGAGCUCCAUCUGGCAUGUAUAUAAAGCCUACAGCUUGCCCUAUGUAUCCACAACCUUCAAUGUCCGCUUCAGGACUACCUCAGCCACCACCUUUCAGCCAGCCUAGAGAUUUUCCAAGUGGACAACCGACCAUUCCUGCUCAGCAUCCAUUAAUGCCAUCUGCUGUGCCUGCAGCUCCCUCGGGUAGCCUCAUAGGAUUGCCUAGCUCCAGUUUAUCUGGACCAAGCUUCAUUCCCCCAUCAUCUCUUCCUUCUUAUCAGUUGUCUGGCCCUACGUUUCAUUCAUCCCAACUCCCUUGCACACAGCCUGUAUUCCCAGGAAGUAUCCAUACCCCUGCCUCCAUGGCAGCAUCAGAGCCAUCAGUCACUUAUCCAGUUGGACCUGGCUUCCCAUAUGGUGGCCCUGGAGCUCCUGCUGCAAGUCCAUUAGUACCAGCAACUCUUCCUCCACCACCUACAGGCUACUUCCCUUGGUUACAAAAUCGUGAUGAAGAAGGUUCUCAAGAUGGAUGGAAUGAUCCCCCGUCUGUGCACGGAGUGACAAGGAAAAAGAAGCUACCUGAGAAUUACACUCCACCAAUGCCUAUCACAGCACCUGUCAUGAACCCUUCUGUGGAGCAUCAGCCACUGCAGCCCAAUACUUCAUUACCUAGAGAAAGUCAAGCACCACCUGGAGCCCCUAAAGAAUCUAAUAUCCAGCCAUUAUUUCAGUUGCCUUCAGAAAAAAUUGAGAGGAAGGACAUUCCACAAGAACAUAUACUGUUGCAAACAAGUUUUGAUAGUUUAGUUCAACGGUGUCUUCUAGCAGCUGGUGAUCCGCAAACCAAACGUAAACUUGAUGAUGCUUCCAAGCGACUGGAAUUCCUUUAUGACAAACUUAGAGAACAGUCGCUUUCUCCUAAUAUCCUUGGAGGACUUCAUGAGAUUAGACGUUGUAUUGAAGUUCGCAACUAUCAGCAAGCACUCUUAGUCCACACUCAGGUUGUCAGCAGCAACAACUUUAGUGAAAUUUCUGCCUUCAUGCCUGUUCUUAAAGUGGUAAUGACAAUUGCAAACAAACUUGCUGUCUAAGAAUUUAGAAGCUCAGCAAACAUGAAUUGUAAAGCCCUCUUUCCUUUGAAAAUGUCAGUGUUAAACAUGGUUAAAUUAUAUUUUUGAACCGGA